AUGGCAGACAGAAUACUACAAGAUAUAGCUGAACAAAAAAAGCGUCUUGCAAUAGCGCAAAUCAAUAACAACACGGAAGAGAAAGCAGAUGCCUACUACAAUCUAGGCAGAGCUUAUUACUUCCUCGAGGACUUCCAUCGAGCAAUAGAGUACCUCAAGCAAUACCUGAGCAUUACUGAGGAAGUCGGUAACAGAGCAGGUGCAGGAUGUGCCUAUAGAGAUCUCGGCUUUGCUUACCUAUUAGAAGGUGACUCCCAAAGAGCAAUAGAGUACACCAAUAAAUACCUCAUCAUUGCAAAGGAAGUUGGUGACAGGGCAGGUGAAGGAUGUGCCUAUGGCAAUCUCGGUCGUGCUAAUUACAGCCUUAAAGAAUUCCAAAGAGCAAUAGAGUACACCAAUAAAUGCCUCAUCAUUGCAAAGGAAGUUGGUGACAGGGCAGGGCAAGGCAAAGCCUAUUCCGAUCUCGGCCUUGCUUAUCACAGCCUUAAAGAAUUCCAAAGAGCAAUAGAGUACACCAAUAAAUGCCUCAUCAUUGCAAAGGAUGUUGGUGACAGGGCAGGGCAAGGCAAAGCCUAUUCCGAUCUCGGCCUUGCUUAUCACAGCCUUAAAGAAUUCCAAAGAGCAAUAGAGUACACCAAUAAAUACCUCAUCAUUGCAAAGGAAGUUGGUGACAGGGCAGGCCAAGGCAAAGCCUAUUCCGAUCUCGGCCUUGCUUAUCACAGCCUUAAAGAAUUCCAAAGAGCAAUAGAGUACACCAAUAAAUGCCUCAUCAUUGCAAAGGAUGUUGGUGACAGGGCAGGGCAAGGCAAAGCCUAUGCCAGUCUCGGUCUUGCUUAUCACAGCCUUGCUGAAUUCCAAAGAGCAAUAGAGUACAACAAUAAACACCUCAUCAUUGCCAACGAAGUUGGUGACAGGGCAGGGCAAGGGCUAGGCUAUGGCAAUCUCGGCAAUAUUUAUUUCCUUCUCGGCGAAUACCAACGAGCAAUAGAGUACACCAAUAAAUACCUCAUCAUUGCCAGGGAAGUUGGUAACAGGGCAAUGGAAGGCAAAGCCUAUUCCGAUCUCGGCGCUACUUAUCACAGCCUUAAUGAAUUCCGACGAGCAAUGGAGUGCCACUGGAAACACCUGAACAUUGCCAAGGAAGUCGGUGACAGAAAAGAAAAAGGACGUGCCUAUUUACACAUCGGCCUGAUUCAUGAAUCCCUCGGCGACGUGCCACGAGCAAUGGAGUACUACAAGCAAUGCCUGAGCAAUGCCGAGGAAAUCGGUGACAGGUUUGGACAAGGAAGAGCCUAUUGCCGCCUCGGAAGUUGUUAUAGAGAACUCCACGACUUAAAGGAAGCAGUAGAGUGUUACAAGCGACACCUGGGCAUUGCCGAGGAAAUCGGUGACAGGAUGGCAGAAGCUUGUGCCCAUAGCAAACUGGGUCAAUCUUUUUUGUAUUCAGAUUUUUUGAAUGAGGCCUUAGAACAUUUUAGAUGCAGUGUAAAAGUCUAUGACACUAUUAGAGCCAGUUCUAUCUCGGAAGAUGAAUUGAAAAUAAGUUUCCGUACGAAACAUCAAUUUGCCUAUACUCAUUUAUGGCAGGUUUUAGUAAUGCUUGAAAGGAAUGAUGAGGCUUUAUACGCUGCUGAGAGGGGACGAGCACAGGCUUUGCUCGAUGCCUUAAAAGUAACUUAUGGCCUUACAUCACUUUCUCCCAGGUCAAUUGAAUCUGAAGAAGAAGUCAGAUGUAUUUCAAGGAAGACAACUGUUUUAACAGUUUUUCUUGCCCUUCAUUUGAAAACAGUCAAUAUCUGGGUGUUGGGAAAAGAGGGAAUCCCUAUUUUUAGGCAAGCGAAGUUAGAAAUUGGAGGUGAACACGAAGAUUCCUUUACUCUCCUUUUAGACACUGUUUUGAAAAACAUUUGGCGUUGGUAUCAGUUGGCUGGCGUCGGUAUUAGGUGCGAAAAUCGGUCAACGGAUAAGCUGAGUGAUGACUCAACUCCCUCAAGUACUCGAGACGACAAUCAAGUAUCGGAGCCAUCACAGGAGAGCACCGACUUUUUUCAGCCAUUAUAUGAUGCAGUUCUUGGUCCCAUUGAAGACUUGCUUGAUGGUGAUGAACUUAUUGUAGUCCCCGACGGUGCUUUGUGCUUAGCUCCCUGGGCAGCCUUAAGAGAAUCGUUAAGGAUUCGUAUGGUUCCCUCCCUGACAAGUUUGGAAGUCAUCACAGAUUCUCCAUGUGAAUACCACAGUAAAAGUGGAGCCUUACUUGUCGGAGACCCAUGUUUGGAGAAAGUUACAAAUAAAUGGGGCAACCCCAUUUAUGGGCAGCUGAAGUACGCAAGAAUGGAAGUGGAGAUGAUUGGAGAAAUUCUAGAGAGUCAACCUUUAACAGGUAAAGAUGCAACCAAAGAAGCGGUACUUCAGAGAAUAGCGUCAGUUGCUUUGGUACACAUUGCAGCCCACGGAAGAAAGGAAAAUGGAGAAAUUGUUUUGGCUCCAGAUCCCCGAUGGGAAUCCAAGCCUCCUACGGAGGAAGACUGCAUUUUGAAAAUGUCUGACAUACAAGCUCUUAGGCUGAGAGCGAGGCUUGUUGUGCUUAGUUGCCCCCACAGUGGUCAAGGAAAGGUCUCGUCUGAGGGUGUGGUCGGUAUGGCACGUGCUUUCUUGUUUGCUGGUGCUCGUUCCGUGCUGGCGACUCUUUGGGAUAUUGAUGACGAAGCCACAAUAAUGUUUAUGAAGUCUUUCUACCAACAACUUGGAAGUGGAGAAAGUGCAAGUGUUGCUCUUCAGAGGGCCAUGAAAUGUCUUCGAGACUCCCACGAUUUUUCUGCCCCGAAGUACUGGGCUCCAUUUGUUCUGAUUGGUGAUGAUGUUAAGAUUGAAUUGAAGAAAAAACAUUGA